AUGAUUUUCAUCCAAUUAUUCACUGACAUGGCAAUGAGUUUACCACACCAGAUCGGAGCAAUCGCCGGAACACAGAUUCCCGACGGUUCAGGAAGUGUUUCAGGUGAGGCACCAUCGGCGGCGACGGUUAGUGCGUCGGCGGUGUGGAGGUCACCAGGUGCAAGUCUCCGUCCUCUGCAAAAACUGGGUCCGGAGAUUGACCAGCUCUCGCCGUCGCCGCCGCCGCUGAGUCCGAGGAUUGGAAUGCGGCCGGAUCUGUCGGUGGCGUGCCAGGCUUUGAUGGAACCGCCGGUGGUGACGGAGGAGGUGGUGGAGAGAGAGUAUAGAAGUGGUGGUUUUGGGGGUAAGGGUAAGGGGGUACCAGUAUUUGUGAUGAUGCCGUUGGAUAGCGUGACGAUGAACAAUACGGUGAAUCGGAGGAAGGCGNAGCAAGUCUAA